CUGAGCCCAGGCCGGAUGCCGGUGGCCGCCAACUCGCACCCCCGCGCGGCGCAGCAGCACCAGCAGCCGCCGCCCGACUGCCGCCCCUUCGCCGCCUCCGCCCGCCUGCGGGACCCUUCCAAGCCCGGGGCCGGCGGGGCCGAGGAGCGCACGGAGCCCCACCGCCACGGCCAGGCCGGCGGAGAGGCGGGCUGCGGCGCUGGAGGAGGCAGAACGGCGGCGGCUCCUUCCGGCGCCCCUGCUUCGCCACCCCCUCGGCAGCCUUUCCCCCCGCCACCCUCGCCGCCCCUCGAACCCCCCCGGACGCGCUCCCGGUCCCGCUCGGGCUUCUUCAGCCUCCUCGCCAUGAACGCCAACGCCACCGCGGCGGCCGCCGCGCACUUCCAGCCGCCGCCGCUCCCUCCUCCGCCAGCCCCACCGCAUCUCCAUGGGCCCAGCCUGGCCGAGCUGGGAGCCCGCAGCCAAGGCAGAGGGAGCCCCGCCGGGCACGGCCACCCGCGAGCCCCGCCGCCGGGAGCCAGGGCGCCCGCCCCAGGUGGUGUUAGUGCUUCCUUCUCGUGCCAGUUGAUCCAUCAAGACCACAUCUGUACUGAUGACAGUGACAAGAGUGAAGACAGCCCGAGUCCCAAGAGACAGCGCCUUUCUCAUUCAGUCUUUGACUACGCGGCGGCCUCACCAGCCCCAUCACCACCAAUGCGACCAUGGGAGAUGACAUCAAAUAGGCAGCCUCCUCCAGCUCGAUCAAGCCAACAUCACUUCUCAGGGGAACGAUGCAACACACCGGCACGCAACAGAAGAAGCCCGCCUGUUAGACGCCAGAGAGCAAGAAGAGAACGAUUGCCUCGACAUAAUUCCAUCAGUCAGGAUGAAAACUACCAUCUCCCCUAUGGACAGCAACAAGCAAUAGAAGAACCACGAGCCUUCCACCCACCGAAUGUAUCUCCCCGUAUGUUGCACCCAGCUGCUCAUCCACCACAGCAGAACGCAGUGAUGGUUGACAUUCAUGAACAGAUCCACCAGGGGACAGUCCCAGUAUCAUACACAGUGACCACAGUGGCACCACAUGGUAUUCCACUUUGCACAGGCCAGCACAUACCAGCUUGCAACACACAGCAAGUCCCAGGGUGUUCUGUGGUUUUCAGUGGGCAGCAUCUCCCUGUGUGCAGCGUGCCUCCCCCGAUGCUUCAGGCAUGUUCUGUUCAACACCUACCAGUUCCAUAUGCAGCAUUCCCACCCCUUAUUUCUAGCGAUCCGUUCCUUUUGCAUCCUCCACACCUCUCCCCGCAUCAUGCUCCCCACCUGCCACCUCCAGGCCAAUUUGUUCCGUUCCAAACACAACAGUCACGGUCGCCUCUUCAAAGGAUAGAAAAUGAAGUGGAGUUGCUUGGAGACCAUCUACCUGUGGGGGGCUUCACCUAUCCGCCUUCUGCCCAUCCACCAACAUUGCCUCCCUCGGCCCCUCUGCAAUUCUUAGCACAUGACCCUCUACACCAAGAGGUGUCCUUUGGAGUACCUUACCCACCCUUUAUGCCUCGAAGACUUACGGGACGCAACCGAUAUCGAUCCCAACAGCCCAUACCACCGCCUCCUUACCAUCCCAGCCUGUUGCCAUAUGUGCUAUCAAUGCUUCCAGUGCCACCUGCAGUUGGACCUGCCUUCAGUUUUGAGUUGGAUGUAGAAGAUGGGGAGGUGGAAAACUAUGAGGCACUGCUGAACUUGGCAGAAAGACUGGGAGAGGCCAAACCAAGAGGACUGACAAAAGCAGAUAUCGAGCAACUUCCAUCUUACAGGUUCAACCCAAACAACCACCAGUCAGAACAGACUCUGUGUGUAGUGUGCAUGUGUGAUUUUGAGUCCAGGCAGCUACUUAGAGUUUUGCCAUGCAACCACGAAUUCCAUGCCAAGUGUGUCGAUAAAUGGCUUAAGGCAAAUCGUACCUGCCCCAUCUGCAGAGCUGAUGCUUCAGAAGUACAUCGUGAUUCAGAAUGACCAGUCUAAGAGCACAAUUCUACUUUGGGUGUUCCUAGUCACAUGUGUAUAUAUAUAUAUAUAUGAACUCUCCAUUGAACUUAACCCGUGGCUUCCAGCCUUCCCUUUUACACAAAAAAAGGGUCAAUGGACCUUUCUUUGCACUGUGUGAUUUAAUCAACUAUAAAGCUUAUAAUUAGUCUUCACAAUUAUGGGAUUGUUAUACUAACUGUGUGAUUGGAACUCCAAAGAAUAUUUUUUUUUCUUCUAGCUUAAUUUCGUGUGUGCACUAACAUUCCCUGGUUUUUGUGUGAUCAUUCCGAGUGUUGCUGCGAGAUUACCGUGGAACGUGAUCUUCUAGCAUGUGCUUUUAUAAAAAAAAAUGGAGGGAAAAAAAAGAGGAAAAAAAUGUGGUAGCUCCAAACAAUAUAGCAAUCUACCUUAUAUAGAGCCUUCAGAUACUGUGAGUGGGAGUAAAUGGUGCGGGUGGGUGCGUUGAUCGCAGGGUGUCUGUGUGUAUGCCGGGCGCGCACGUAAAGUGCUUGAGCGGAAGUGUGUGAGAGGAAUUAUAUACCAGCAUGUACUGAGGAUGUAUGUGUGUAGUAUUAAUUAUGCUGCAAUGUAUAAUCUUUGUGUGUUAUUUAAACAGUACUAGUACUGUACACUGGUUUCUUUCCUUGCGUUUUGCAGUUGCGCACUGAAUGCUAAAGGGUGCAGCAAUUUAUAGGCGUUUAAUAUUUCAUCUCUCCCCCCCUCCUUCCCACCACUAUGUACUUAAUAGCAUAAAAAGGCCUCUGCUUUUAUUUCCAGACACUUAUUAUGCUUCCCAUCGAUUGGAGAUCUUGCCUCAUUUAUAGAGUCCAUUGAUUCCUCAGUUCUUACUAUAAGCGUUUAGUUAGCCUUGUUUCUUGACCACUGGAAUUUCCAAGUGUCAACAUCUUGCAGACUUACUGUUAACUUUGUAAGGGUUGCAGCAUUGCACAAUCAAGAAGCAAUAUUACUUAUCAGCUCAUUGUUGAAAGGAUUCUAGUCUUCUCUUCCUUUUUUUUAAAAAAAAAAAUCCUUCCAGCCAGUAUUGGUUCUUUUUAGUUGAUGUUUGAAACUGGGUUUUUAUUUUAGAUACUGAAGAUGCUCCGGUUCAGCAUUCCCCCCCCCCCUUCCUGGUUACUGUUUAUCUGUGGAAACAGGAUCUUGAGAAGUCUUGUGCAAAUGCUCCUUGUAUUGUUAGCCACCUGCUAAAAUCAGAAUUUAGCUUAUGGCACUAAAAACCACAUUCCUCAUCAUAUGUAAAAAGCCUUACCUACAGUUAAAAUAACUUUAAACUUAUCAAUCUUAAAAGCAUACGACCUCAUGAACAAUUCUUAGCACUUUGUUAGAGGUAGAAUGUGUGGGUUCCCCCCUCCCCCGCCUCCAAUGGUAACCAUGUUAAUACUUUGCUCUUUACCACCAGGCUAAAAUGCUGUUUCAUCUCGCCCAGUUUGGUAGAGGGGAUUUGUUUGAUUUUUUUUCCCUUUGAGACUUUCUCUGUGUCAUAUAGCUAGAGUGAAGAAUAUUCAUGUUCAGGAAUGGGCUGGUAUACAAAAUCAAGGAAAUAAUAAUAAAUAAAUGCUGUGAACUUGGAGUUGAUCUCCUUUCAACUGCCUUCUCAAUAAUGUCGUAUUGAGGAAACAAAAAAAAAUUGGCAUCAUUUUAACAUUUCAGAGUGUUAGUGCUUUUAGUGAUUUUUUUAAAAAAUAUGUAAAUGUCUACAAAUGGCAUUUGUAUCCAAGAGGUGCACAUUUAAUUUUUGGGAUCCUCUUGUUUUUCUCCUGUGUUCCCACACCACGACUUUUUGGUUGCAACAGCACAAAUGCCGCAGCUGGCAGUCUUUGCUACUCUGCCAAUUCUGUGUCCUUUCCCAAUGCUUUUUGUGUAUGCUGCUAUUUGUUAAGUCUGUUUGUUCCUCCUGAACAGUGUUUGGUGGUUCUGUGUGCUGAAUCACCCUUCUUUCAGAAGGACCUGCUGAUCAGUCGCAGCUUGUGGUUCCGCAGAAAUUUUUUAAAAGCACAAUUUUUUUCCUCCCUCGUUUCAGAUAACCGUUUGCCUCUGUUUAGUAGCUGGGACACCUCACUUCUUUCCGUAGUGUUAACGUACGCCAGAACACUAACCAAGCAAACCGUUUUAAUAUACUGUGUAUGACGGAUUUACAAACAUCACCAUUUCCCCUCAGUGCGUUCCAAGGAAUUGUCUCGACAUGUCAAAAGCAGGUUAAAUUGCACAUAGGAAACUUUAUUUUUUUAAGCAAACAAAAUCAUGGGUUUGGGAUAUUGGGUGGGAGGGAAGGGUAUGCCACACAUGUUUUACAAUACUUUGGGUCUUUUUAUAUUGCUUGGGGGGGAGGCGGGAGAUUUUUACCUGUACAAAUCUUAAUUCUAACAGUACCCACUCAGUGUCUUCUUCGUUAAAAGCAUGGAAAUAAGGCACUUUCUCUAACAAAUUGACAAGGCACAUAAUACCCUGGUCUGAGCAGAAGGUUCUUAGCCCCAAACUAGGACCCAUCUGUCUUGCAGUGUAACAUCUGCCCCUAGAUUUCCCAGUGUCAAUUGAAGCAGAGGCAGUUGGUGGGAGAAGUAGGGCAGCAGUAGGGGUUAAUUUGGUAAUCUACUGAACCUGAUCGUUGCACUCCUGUGGCCGAUCUCUUCUUUGACUGACUUUUCUUUGUGUGGGAUUCUUGCCAAUGUGUGCAGAACUGCUUCCUGUGGUUUUAAGUGUGUUUUUUUAUAAGAUGCACGUAUGCACGCAUGUGUUCUGAACCAGCUCAGGCUGGCUGUGAUGAAAUUCCGAAAUAGUUGCUGCUGGCGGAAGAGCGAAGGGGAUUCAUGCUCAGCUGUUAACUGCCAUGUGUUAUAUGCACAUCUCUUGUGUGUAAUUCCACAGUCCUCAAUGGUGCCUGAUAGCACCAGGUUGCAUUGGGUUGCCUGUCCUCUCCCCCUCCCCCACCUCUCCUGCUAAAGGAAGAAAAAAGAAGUUGGCGUUAUCAUGUUAGCACUGCUGAUGAGGGGGUUUUUGGCACAAGUUGUCAACUUAAUUUAACUUUUCCUCUGGCUUUUUAGAAUAAAUGGGUAUAUACAGGCCUUGUGGAUAUUUCUAAGGUCUCACUUUGUGGCUUUCUUUACAGAUUAUUAUUUUGUGCAAAGUAAUUUUCUUUUGUAUAAGGUUUUUUUGUACAGUCUUCAGAAUGUGAUUUUUUUUUUUUGGUCGCAGCUGUUAACCUUUACACCUAUUGUAAUAUUUGGGAUUUACCGACUUUUUAAAUUUGCUUUAUGAGAUCAUGUUACCAACUCUGCUAGGCCUUUCAAAGAGAACUGUAGUUCUCUCUCUGCCCCCUCUACCCCCACACCCCCGGUACCUUCAGUUACCUCAUUUUGCUAUUUUGUGUUGCAGAUUUGCUAAUGAUUAUGAAAGUUUAUGGGUUUUGUUAGAAUCAUAUUUGUCAAGUGUUUUCUUUUAAAAAUCAUACCCCAUUGUAUCAUUUAACAUGUAGUUUUAAAUGUAUUAUAAAUAUCUGUAACCAAAUCAUUUGAAGGCUUGAUAAAUUUUUAACAAAAUUUGUACAUUUUUUAUGAGAGUUACUAGUAAUGCUUUACUAAGUAGUGCAAUGAAUUUUUAUUUUUAAUCCUUGUGCCCAAUUUUGGAGUUGAGAGGGUUGUUCAGUAAUAAAUGUAUGAUGUACACUUAUACAA